GUUAACAAAAGUUUUUAGUUUUAAAACACUCACAAACUGAUCCUAUUCUGAUCUUAAAAUUUUAAUAUUUUAUUACUAGUAAUUAUUGCCUUUUAACUCGUACACCAGUUAAGCACAUAGCGUUAUCCGGGUUAUAUUUUUUAUAAAGUUUUUGGAGCUGUGACUUCUAUUUUGAAAUACUGACUCUCUGGAUGCAGAGUUCCUUGUGAUUAGGAAGAUAAGAUAUAAGGACAACUGAGUCACAACUCAUUCUAUUAAAUGGCGAAUCAGCCAUUAACUCCAUUAAGCCCUGUUACUCCAGGAACUUCUGGCAAAGAUUUGCCAAAAUGCUCAGUACAGGAGUGGAUGGGUGGAAUCGAAGGGGAACAUAUUCCACGAAGCGACCUCAACCAGAUCGUCUUGGAUUACUUGAUAUGUGCCGGCCAUAAAGAUGCUGCUGUUAAAUUUUCCCGAGAAGCUUCCAUUCCCAUGCCAGUUGAACCGUCCACAAUGGAUGAUCGUGUUAAAGUUUUGGAUACUGCUCACGAGGGGAAGAUGGCUGAGUGUAUGAAGCUUUUGCAAGAGUGUAAUCCCGAACUGCUUGAACAAAAUCCAGAAAUUUAUCUCACCAUGAUGAAGCAGAUGCUAAUUGAGCUGAUCCGUGAGAGGAAAAUCAGUGACGCACUGCAGUUUGCGCAAGAUGUCCUUGCCGAAAAAGGAGUAGAAAAUCCUGCUUUAUUGGAAGAUUUUGAGAGAGCUUUGGCUCUGCUGGCUUUCGACAAACCAGAAGAAUCGCCGUAUGGUGAUCUCCUUGAUCUCUCUCGGCGGGAAGAGGUUAAAGCACAGCUCAAUGAAGCAAUGCUGUCAUUUGUGGGCAGGAAUGCUGAAUCUAGGUUGUCCACCCUCUGUAAAAUGUUAUUAUGGUCUCAAGAUGAACUGAAAAAACGCAAUGUGAAGUUCCCUAAAGUUUCAGAUUUAACCACUGCUAAAAUCGGAGAAGACUCCACGGAAAGCAGCUCAGAUAUCCCUAUGUAAAAUUUAAUCCGUGCUUUCGUAUACAUAGUUUUGUCUCUUCUGUCUGACUGUCUGCCGCCCAUGAAAACGGGUUACAAGAAAAGGAAAGAUAUGUCUGUAAAAAUGGAGAUGUGCGCAUUAUUUGGUCUGUUGAUCCGGCUUCAAUCAAGUUCAAUGAGUAAAGGUUGCGAACUUCUGCU